UUUCGACCUCGAUGGACAGUGAAAGCUGGGGCGGCGCCAGUUGUGCGACAGGACUAGAUUGAUCGCGUCGAUGUGCUUGUGACGCGCUGUACGCGCGUCUGUGCCUGUCCAUGUACGUCUUGUCAUAUGGCGCCUUCCACCGUCGCAGAUAACGGCCGCCAGCAAAGCCUUGUCAACUCGUCGCCCCCACUUCCGCCGGCCUCUGCUCGCCCUGGAUCUUGCUUCCUCGUACCCCGUGGUCGGUGCCCGGACGAGGUCAGAUGAUGUGCUAUGAUUCUAUGAUGCUUCUCUAUCCAAAGGCCAGGAUCCUCCCUUGUCGGUUCGCUGCCUUCCAUCGCCGUCUCGCAUCGUCUGCACGCGCGCCAGUCAUUCCAAAAGGGAAAUUGAAAUGUUCGUCAGGAUGGAAGCACAUGCCAUUGCAACAGCGCGUUCUCGACGGGUCGUAUAAAGGUUUCCUUGGCCCCAGCUCGCUUCCCUCCGCCCCCCACAGGUCUCGUUCACCAUGUCCCUUAGGAGGUUAGCUCUUGCUGCGUAUACCCUCUCUGCUGCCGCGUCCGUACACGGAGCUGCGCUGCAGCCUGCCGGUCUCGCCGUGCCGAGCAACUACUCGAGCCAGCUGGACGCUGUCAAGCAGAUCUUCAACGUCAGCUACUCUGCUUACCAGCAGUACGCGUGGGGCCACGAUGAGCUCUUGCCGGUCAGCAAAAGCUACACCGAUUACCUGUUCGGAUGGGGCGCGACCAUUGCCGAUGGGCUGGACACGAUGUGGAUCAUGGGUUUUACGGACUUGUUCGAGCAAGGUGUCAACCAGUUGGCUACUGUUGACUUUAACAAUGCCACAGGAGGUAGCUACAACGUCUUCGACGGUACCAUUCGCUACAUCGGAGGCUUGUUGAGCGCUUACGAGCUCAGUGGCCAGAAGUACCCCGUUCUCCUCCAGAAGGCUCAAAACAUUGGUGACAACUUGGCUUACGCCUGGGUUGAUGGCAAUGCCAUGCCUUACAACGGUCUCAACGUGGAUCACUCUGUUCAGCAGGGCACGACCAACGUCGCUCAAGUUGGUACUCUCACCCUGGAGUUCGAACGGCUGAGCUACUAUACCGGCAAUGACACGUACCGUCAGCUGGCUGAGAAGGCCGCUCUCGCUGUCGCCGCGAGCCCCGACCCCAUCCCUGGCAUUCCCGCUCAGGGUCUCUAUCCCACUGGCGAGUUCGUUGACAGCUAUGUUACGUGGGGCGGAGGAACCGACAGCUAUCUUGAGUACCUGAUCAAGUAUCCCCGUCUGACGAACACGAAUGACACCACGUUUGCGGAUACCUGGGCUACCGCUGUCGAUUCUUCCAUUAAAAAACUUCUCAAGACAUCGACCGUUGGCGACUUCCUCUACCUCGCCGACUACGACGGCAGCCAGAUCCGUCAUGUCAGCGGGCAUCUGAACUGCUUCUAUGGUGGCAACUGGAUUCUCGGCGGCAAGAUGCUCAAUAACGACACCAUCGUCAACUACGGUCUGCAACUCACUGAUGCCUGCAUCAACACCUACCGCGGCACUGCCACCGGCAUCGGCCCCGAAGGCUUCGCCUGGAUCUCCGACGACGGCAACUACACCGGCUCAUCAAUCAGCGACGACCAGCUAAGCUUCUACGCCGCGCACGGGUACUACAUCACCUCCGCGGACUACAUCCAGCGGCCCGAGGUGCUCGAGUCGAACUUCUACGCGUGGCGCGCGACGGGCGACACCAAGUACCUGGACAACGCGGUGUCCGCGCUGCAGGCGUUCGAGAAGUACCUGCCGAGCGCGGCGGGGUACGCGGGCAUCGACGACGUGGACAGUGCGAGUCCGGCGCAGUAUGAUGACCAGGAGGCGUUUUGGUUCGCGGAGGUGCUGAAGUAUUUGUAUUUGACGUUUGAUGAUCCGGGGAAUGUGUCGCUUGAUGAUUACGUGUUCAACACCGAGUGCCACCCCUUCAAGGCGCCCACCGCGCUCGCGCAGUAUGGCUCGGGCAAGCUCAAGGCUCCCUCGCAGCAGCCCAUGAAGACCGUUGCCGGCCCCGCGCCCAUGGUCUCGGGAAAGCCUAGUGUUCUGAGCCUCCUUGGACUAUAAAAGUUUGAAUAUUGGGCAAGAAUAAGAAUUUGGGACUCUGGAUGGGUGAUAUAUGUUUGGGGUUUCUUUAUUCGGUUAUGGCUAUUAGGGAGGUGAUGGGUUAGGUAGAUCUCUAUAGAGGGAUGAAUCUACCGAUGCGAGCUUGCUUUGGCUUGAUGUCAUUUACCAUUGUAGACCAUUGUCCAGCAUGUGGUUACCC